CCUGGCCGCGCGCGUGGCCGGAGACUCGCCAGGCGCCGGAAGCAGCUCUACCCGCCGGGCAGGUGGGGCUGGUGACAGGUGCAGCCAGCAUGGGUGAGCCCCAGGGGUCCACGCGGAUCCUGGUGACCGGAGGCUCUGGGCUGGUGGGCAAAGCCAUUCAGAAGGUGGUAGCGGAUGGAGCCGGCCUGCCCGGAGAGGAGUGGGUGUUUGUCUCUUCCAAGGACGCGGAUCUUACGGACGCGGCGCAGACCCGAGCCCUGUUUGAGAAAGUGCAGCCCACCCAUGUCAUCCACCUUGCCGCCAUGGUGGGGGGCCUCUUCCGGAACAUCAAAUACAACUUGGACUUCUGGAGGAAAAACGUGCACAUCAACGACAACGUGCUGCACUCGGCCUUCGAGGUGGGCGCCCGCAAGGUGGUCUCCUGCCUGUCCACCUGUAUCUUCCCCGACAAGACCACCUAUCCCAUCGACGAGACCAUGAUCCACGACGGGCCGCCCCACAGCAGCAACUUUGGCUACGCGUACGCCAAGAGGAUGAUUGACGUGCAGAACAGGGCCUACUUCCAGCAGCACGGCUGCACCUUCACCGCCGUCAUCCCCACCAACGUGUUCGGGCCCCACGACAACUUCAACAUCGAGGACGGCCACGUGCUGCCCGGGCUCAUCCACAAGGCGCACCUGGCCAAGGGCAGCGGCGCGGCGCUGACCGUGUGGGGCACCGGCAGGCCGCGGAGGCAGUUCAUCUACUCGCUGGACUUGGCGCGGCUGCUCCUCUGGGUGCUGCGGGAAUACGAGGAAGUGGAGCCCAUCAUCCUGUCAGUGGGCGAGGAGGAGGAAGUGUCCAUCGCAGAGGCCGCAGAGGCCGUGGUGGAGGCCAUGGGCUUCCAGGGGGAAGUCUCCUUCGACGCCAGCAAGUCUGACGGGCAGUUUAAGAAGACGGCCAGCAACGGCAAGCUCCGGGCCUACCUGCCCGACUUCCGGUUCACGCCUUUCAAGCAGGCCGUGAAGGAGACCUGUGUUUGGUUCACCGACAACUACGAGCAGGCCCGGAAGUGAAGCCAGCGCCAGGGCCACCACCUCAGACCCUGCCGAGCCAAGGGGUUCCACCCCCGUGCCAGGACGCCCCCUUCGUGUCUGUCCUCAGGGAAGGCGAGGCCUGGGCAGGCCCGGCCUGAGCGUGCUGCCAAUAAAGUGCAUUUCACAGG